AUGGAAUCUCUAAGAGAUAUAUCGACAGGAACCGCGCCAACUAGUCUACUAACAGUUGGUAUAUUAGCAUUGAGUUUGGCCUCGGGCGUCAUCUUUUAUAAGCUAUACAAUAAAAGUCGAGGCAAAAAAAAGGAUGUGUACACCAUUGGUAUACUAUUUCUCAUUAUUGCUUUCAAUAUCAACCUUUGGGUUUUUCUAAUAUGGUUCUUCAAAAGCGGUGCAGUCAACCAGUGGAGUAUAUUCCAAGACUCGGAAAUCAUCAAAACCAUGCAAAGCCCACUCCACGAUGAAAUUCAAAUGAUAAAAUAUAAAAAGUUUGAAGUUCCCGGGUUCUCGUUCAAAAACCAAGAAGAUGCCUUACCCUUGAAGAACAAAGAGCAAGACUCAUCGAAAAAGAAGCAAGGACAAGGACAAGGACAAGGACAGGAUGAAAGUGAGGAAGAGGAUGAUACAAAUUUCCAAUGUGAUACCAUCAAAAUACAAAACAAGGCUCCCAUUGAAGCUAGUGAAGCGUUCAAUUUGAAUCGUAAUAGCGACCUACCACAUUUGAGGAGACAAUUACUUGAGCUAUCACGAUCGAAUGACGUGUACAAAUUAUUUUUCCAAGAUGGUGAGGAUGAACUGGAGGAAUCUAUACUCAAAAACAAAUGGUUUAAGUUUUGUGGCUCUGCAAUCUGGAUGAGCAAAUACCAAGUUUAUUUCAUGGUCAACAGGAUCGUCUAUACAAAACUGGGUCAGCGAAACAACCCAACAAUAUCUGUUCUUUCAGCCCAAAUAUUUGAUAGAAAUUGGGCCGAAUUAAAGGAUUAUCAAUUUCCGGUAUUGGACAUUCGGUUCCCCACCAUUUUACCACACGAUAUAGAUGUGGGUACGAGAGAUGAAAAGGUUGUUAUCGGGAGCGAAGAUCCAAGGAUUAUCCUAAAAGAGUACAAGGACGACGAAUCUGGGAAGUUGAUGCAGGAGCCAAUAAUUGUAUUUAAUGCGCGAAGAACAAAGAUCAAAUGGAGUCGAGGUAUGCACAUCUACCAACCAUUUAGUGAUCUACACAAGAUAACUUUGCUAUUCAUUGAGGAUAAAAAACGAAGCUUUAUUGAAAAGAAUUGGGCACCAUUCAUGGACUAUGAUGCAGGCUCAAACCCAUCCAGCUCGCGCUCGGGAUCCGCUUCGGGUUCUGCCUCAGGUUCCGGCUCAGGUUCCGGCUCAGAUUCGAACUCAAACUCCGAUAGUAUAAAUUUUAUAUACAAUUUCAACCCACUAAGAAUCAUCAAAUGUGACACCAACUCGGGUUUGUGUCGCAAAGUUUCGGGACCCCAGUUUAACCAACUAGAUGCUAAUGACAAUGCAGGAAAGCUCCGUGGAGGUACCAACUUGGUUCGCAUCCCUUCUUCUAUUCUUCCUGAGCUGAUCAAGUCCAAUAAUCGAAAAUAUUGGUUUGGAAUUGCUCGUUCGCAUAGUAAAAACUGCGGAUGCUUACAUGAACUAUAUCGUCCACAUUUCUUCAUAAUGUCUCGAGACCUUGAACGUGAGUCUUCAUACGAAUUGAAUUUUGUUAGUUCAUUGGUUGAUUUUAAUAUCAACCCAGAGACGUGGCUGGGUGACAAUAGACGAACAUGUUCAGAUGGAAAAUCGGUGUUGAUUCCCAACUCCAUUGCUUAUUGGCACACUGAUCAGAGUGGUCUGGGGGUAUUUGGCGGAGAUGACGUUGAAACCGAAAGAAAAUUGGAUUAUAUGGGUAUAACAUUCAGUGAGGCUGACCGAACUAAUAAAUUGAUUCAUGUUCGAGGUUUAUUGGGAUACAUACAGCAAGCCUUGGCGGGUCCAGAGGUAGAAAGGAAAAAGGGCGAAAAGAAAAAGGGGAAGAAACAGGAACAUGAAAAAGGCAAAGAGAGCGACUAUUUAUUUAUUGAAAACAAAUUGCUUGCAGAGUGUUCGACGUCGUUGUCUGCUCAAUACUGUGACGCUUCAGAGAAAUUAUUAAGCUGGUGA